AAUAUUCUUAUGCAAUGUAAAAUCUAUCCAAUAUUUUAAGUGAAAUACAUAGAGUAUGUAUGUGCGUAUAUCUUGCCAAGAAAUUAACCUGUUUAAGCUAGUAGGGCUCUAAGCAAUUUGUGCUAGUAACACUGCUGACCCAUCUGAUGACUAAGAGGUUGUAGAGAACAGUAAAAAGAGAGAGCAGAUCUGACUCCUAGGUGUAUAAGCUGCUUUGUGCUCCAGAGCUCUGAGCAUCCUUUACUCUCUCCAGUCUUCCCCAUGCAGCAUGCUCUUUACAUACACAGCAAAGCACUGACAUCCCUCUUUAUCCAAUGAACAAUAUCUAUUGGCUCUUUUUAUCCCUCUUGCUUGUUAUUUCUAUCUGUAGUGAAAAGAAGAAUAUCCAGUGUUACCUGCCUAGCACGAUUUAUGCAAGAUUCAGAAAUGUAGCAACAGCUGGAAGUUUAUGUCACCUGUGGGGUACAAUGUUUUACUGUUCCUGCUGCUUUUUCAGUGAAGAUGCUUUAUUUAGACAACAGCUAAAAAAGAUUCAGUGCUGGAUCUAUAUCAACUCAGUGUGUGAAUUGCAUUGACUUCAUCUCCCUAGCCCUGUAUUGCUAAUACAAUGCUUUUGGAGAACUGUCUGAGAUUUCUAGCUUAUGGUUUUUACCUAUGGAUUUUUCUCUUUCUGACCUUCCUCAGAGGUUCCCAUCAAGGUGAAUACCAAAGGAAACUUUACAGAGAACUUUUAAGGAAUUACAAUCGCCUCGAAAGACCUGUGAUGAAUGACUCCCAGCCUUUACUCGUAGAACUACAACUUUCUCUUCUUCAAAUAAUUGAUGUGGAUGAAAAGAAUCAAGUCUUGAUUACAAAUGCAUGGCUUCAGAUAUACUGGAAUGACGUCUACCUAACAUGGGACCAAUCUGAAUAUCCUGGAGUCCAAACUCUUCGUUUUCCAUCUGAUCAGAUAUGGGUUCCUGAUAUACUAUUAUACAACAGUGCAGAUGAAAGAUUUGAUGCAACUUUUCAUACUAAUGUCUUGGUCAACUCUACUGGUGCCUGCCAAUAUAUUCCACCAGGAAUUUUAAAGAGCACAUGCUAUAUAGAUGUGCGGUGGUUUCCUUUUGAUGUGCAAAAGUGCAAAUUAAAAUUUGGAUCUUGGACUCAUAAUGGAUGGCUACUUGACUUGCAAAUGUUGGAAGCGGAUAUUUCAAAUUACAUUUCUAAUGGAGAAUGGGAUCUAGUAGAUGUGCCGGGGAAAAGAAAUGAACUAUAUUAUGACUGCUGCAAGGAGCCAUACCCUGAUGUUACCUACACAGUGACCAUGCGUAGACGCACUUUAUACUAUGGAUUAAAUUUACUGAUACCGUGUGUCCUUAUAUCUGGGUUGGCAUUGCUUGUGUUCCUCCUGCCCGCUGAUUCAGGAGAGAAGAUAUCUCUAGGCAUCACCGUUCUGUUGUCACUGACUGUCUUUAUGCUGCUUGUAGCAGAAAUUAUGCCUGCAACAUCAGAUUCUGUACCGCUAAUUGCACAAUAUUUUGCAAGCAUCAUGGUCAUCGUGGGUCUUUCCGUAGUUGUGACAGUGCUAGUUCUACAAUUUCACCAUCAUGAUCCACAGGCAGGAAAAAUGCCAAAAUGGGUACGGGUUAUCCUUCUCAACUGGUGUGCUUGGUUUUUAAGAAUGAGAAAACCUGGAGAGAACAGGAGGCCUAUUCCCUGCAGAUAUGUGUACCCUAAUCACCACCAUUCCAGCAUUAGCAGCAUUGAAAUGAAUAUUGCACCAGCACAGCAAUCCAACAAUGGCAACGUCUACUGCGGUUACCACACCCUGGAAAGCCCUUGUUGUCCACCAAACAGUGACUCUGGAGUUAUGUGUGGAAGAGUGACAUGUCCUUCCCUGGAGGACAGUGACCUUGUUCAAAAGAAAUGCUUGCGAGAAAGUAUGCCAGAGAUUGUUAAGAUAUUGGAAGAAGUACAGUAUAUUGCCAGGCGUUUCAGAGACCAUGAUGAGGGAGAAGAGAUCUGCAGUGAGUGGAAGUUUGCUGCUGCAGUUAUCGACCGCUUGUGUCUUGUUGCUUUCUCACUUUUCGCCAUUAUCUGUACAAUUACCAUCUUGAUGUCAGCACCGAACUUUAUAGAAGCAGUUUCCAAGGACUUCACAUGAGAAAGAAUUUAGGAUGUUUAGUCUGCAAUUGCAAACAUUUAUUUUAAAUAAGUUAAUUGUUGUUGCUCUCGUUACGUCUAUAAAACGUAUUUUAACUAAUUAAGAAAUAACUGUGUUAGUGACAAAUAAACUCAAAAAUAUAUUACCAUCUAGAUAAAAUAUUUACCAUCAAAUGUUGUCCAUAAUAGUGUCACUAUAUGCUUCUGUGUCCCAUAGCAGAAACAUUAAUUCCAAAUAUAUGAAAUUGGAACAUCAUUCUACCCAAUCCUUGACCCAAAAACUGCCCUGGCUUGUCCAUCUGUUUCAAUGUUUAGCAAAAUCAAAAGCACUUUUAGUAUCAAUAGAUACGUUGGGGUCAGUUCACUAAGCUGUAUAACUAAUUUUAACUGCAUUCCUUAUUUUGUCAGACACUUCAUUUCUAAAACAAAGUGUCAAAUAAAAAAAAAUGGUAUAAAUAUAGAAUUUUUUUUUCAUAUC